ACUUACAAAUAAUUACACUACCAUGAUCAAGUUACUUAAAACAAUGAACUCGAUGGGUCGUAAGAACUCCAGGAACACCCUUCUUGUGGUUUGUACUAUUGUUAUAUUCGUGUUUUACUAUUACCUGUCAUUUCAUUUUGACACUGACUUACAAAUGAAAUCCUAUUUUCAAUAUCGGUCGCCAAAAGUAGAAUUCCUCAAGGAGUUAGAAUUACACCCGGACUAUAAGACAACUGGAUUAAAUUUCCAACCAAAAAAUCCCGGAAUUAUUCCUUAUAAUACUACAGUUCUUCAAAAGUUAAAGGCUUUGUAUCCUUAUGACCCCACCCAACCUAUCCCUAAACAAAUCUUUAAAAUGUGGAAAGUUGGACUUGACGAUCCAGAUUUCCCGGAGCGGUUUAAAGAAUUUCAUCAAACUUGGCUCGACAACAGUCCCGACUAUACACAUCGUGUAAUGUCUAAUGAUGAACGAGAUGCUUUGGUACUUAAAUUGUAUGCUGAUAUUCCUGAAAUAACCCAUGCGUACCAAAUCAUGCCUAAGACCAUGCACAGGUGCGAUUUCUCAAGUUACUUGCUCUUAUAUGCAUUAGGCGGUGUUUAUGCUGAUAUUGAUACCAAGUUAUUGAAACCCAUUAGCAGCUGGAUCCCCAGUCAACCACUGUAUUUGGAUAAACCAAUUGAUCUAGGACUAAUUGUUGGACUCGAGUCUGAUUACCAUAAGAAAAAUUGGGCGAAUCUUUUCGCACGUAGGGUGCAAAUUGAAGCUUGGACAUUUUUGGCUAAAAAGGGACAUCCAAUGCUUGCAGAAAUUAUUGACAGUAUCGUUGAACAUACUUCCUGGAGAGAAGAGACAGGACAAUUGACCGCAUUACUUGGUAAAGAUGAAGGUACUGAUGUUUUGAACUGGGGAGGACCAGGCAGAUUGACCGAUCUUGUGUUCAAGUAUUUGAACAAUGUCCUCCAGACAGAUUUUGAUAACUAUGAAAAAUUGAUUGAUGAUGAAUUUCUUAUAGGAAUAAAACUUCCUAUAGUCAUAUCUGAUGCUAUGGUUUUGCCGUUGACGUGUAUGCAACCAGGAAGGAAAUUCCUCAAGUCGGGGAAUCUUGAUGAUCCUUUAGCAUAUAUUCAUCACAAAUCUACAGGGCUGUGGAGAAAAGAGAAUAAAGGAAAAGAUACAUAUGUUGAAUGAAAUAUUUUCUGGAUUUACUUGUUAGACUUAGCUUUAUGGAAUAAAAAAAAACACUACUUGUAUGAUUUUCUCAAUAAAUAAUACCGU